AUGGCGGCUUCAGCGCGAGUUCUCCCGCAGCGAUGGCAUUGCUCAGCGCUGCAUGUGUUACUCAUCACGACCACCUUACUGGCGUUCUCGUUUGCCGUCGAUAGCAGAGCUGCACCUGUGACCUUCAAGGCGAGCCAAGAUUCACCCGAAGUUUCAACCACGCUGGCAGCAGCUGUGUCAUUUGAGUCACAGCUAAUGCAGACCUCGCCUGUUACUGAGGUAGGGGUGAUGGUGAGGAGGAGACGGUUGCAGGCGGAAGGGGGGGGAUCGAGUCAGGAGGAUGAUGAGGAUGAGAGGAGGCAGGAAGAAGAGGAGAAGAGGGAGGAAGAGGAGGCGAGGAAGGUGGAGGAGGAAGAGAAGGAGGAGGCGGAGGAGGAGAAGAGGGAGGAUGAGGAGGAGCAAGGUAGAGGGGAAGAGGAACGGGAGGGUAAGGGGGAGGAGCAGACGGGUGAGGCGGGGAAUAAGGAUAAGGGGGAAGAGGAGGAGCAGGACGAGGAGGGGGUGUUGGCGGAGGGGGAAGGGGAGGAGGAACAGGAGGGAGUGGGGGAGGAACAGAAGGAGGGGGAGGGGAAGGAAGGCGAGGAGGAGGAGGAGGAAGAGGAGGGCGCACAAGGCAAGGAGGAGACUACGAGAAGCAAUGGAGGUUCCGGUGAAAGCAGUGAUGGCGGUGCCAGUGUUGGUGGUAGUGAUAAUGAAGGAGCAGGAAUGGGAAGGGGCGAAACAGGAGCGGGAGGAGGAGAAACGGGAGGAGGAGGCCAAACGGGAGUAGGAGGGCAAACGGGAGGGGACGAGGGCGGCAGGAGGCCGGGAGGGCGGCGUUACGUGCCACCACUGGACGCCGUGAUUGCGAACGUGACGGGCGGCAGGGACCGUCCCAUUGUGGUGGUCACGGCUCGUGCCGUCAACCUGGAAUUCGUUCACAACUGGUACCUGUCAGUGCGAGGAAAGCGCAUGGGGCGGCGGGUGCUGUUCAUAGCAGAGGACUACCACUCCUUCCGCCUGUUGAACCGCCAGUUCCCCAUGCAGGCUGCUCUUAUUGUUACUCCCAAGAACGACCAGACAGCAGGCAUCGAGGACAGGCGCCCAUGGCACUUCCUUCGCCUUCUGCAACACAACGUCUCCUUCCUCUACAAUGACCCGGACAUGGUGUGGCUGCAGCUGCCCUUUGGGUACUUCAACGGCGACUUUGACCUCUGGGCCGCCUCUUCCGCUGCCACCUUUGACGCGCCUCAACAGCCCACCGACGACGCCGCCGUACCCCCCACCACCACCACCAACCACCACCUCCUCCGCCCCACACCUCUCCCACCCAACCAACCGCUCUCCACCGCUCUGCUCUACUUCCGCGCGUCCCCAGGCGCGCGGGCUGCGGUGCAGGCAUGGCAGGCAGAGCUCAAGUUCAUUGUCAUGAAGACGAGAAAGUUGGGUGUGCCGAUGAACCAGAGCGAGGGCGCGUUCAAUCGCGCGGUUCGAGGGGUCGGGAGCAACGCCAGGGUCGCGCUGCUGCCGCAGCUGCUGUUCCCGUCGAUCGCGCUUUACUUUAGCGAUCCCGCGUUUCGUUCGGAUCUGGAGGCAAAGUCAAUAAGACCAGUCGGCCUCUCCUCCUGCGUCUCUCUGCGCUGGCUGGACAUCGCCAGCAACAGCAUCUCCUCGCUUCAGCCGCUCACAUCCCUCACUGCCCUUCUGGUGCUCAAGGCGAGUCACAACAUGGUGGGGGAUGUCUCUCCUGUCACGCACCUGGCGAAGCUGCAAGCGCUCAUUCUCAACAAUAACCUGCUCGGUUCCCUCUGCAAUCUGGCUCCUCUCACUGCUCUCAACACGCUGGUGCUAUCCCACAACGAGCUGCCUGCUCUAGGCAACUCCCUCCGCGGCCUCUCUGCACUCAAGAAGCUCUCCCUGUCCAGCAACGGCCUCACAUCGCUCACCAACGACCUCAGCGGGUUCAUGUCGCUGGAAGAACUGCGUCUGGCCCACAACCACAUCUCGGUCCUCUCCCCUGCCCUCUCCUCCCUCACCCGCCUUCGGAUCCUCGAUCUCUCCUCCAACCGAAUCCCCUCCCUCAAGCUGCUCUCCCUCGCCACCCUCGCCGCCUUCCCCCGCCUCUCCUCCCUGUCCGUCCGGGCAAACCCUCUGCUCGGGGAUGAUCCCUCCAAGGUCGAGGCUCAGAUUCUCAAGCACCUGCCCCGCUUAAGGCUGCUGGAUUCACGUAAGGUGGGGAAGGGAGGAGGGAGGGGACGAGAGGCAGAGGGAGCUGGGGAAGAAGUUUCUGCAGCAGUGGGUGACACUGAGUUGAAAGAGACUGACAGUACUGCUGGUGCUGGUGCUGGUGCUGCAGUGGGGACAGUGGGCAAGAGCGCGAGGAGAGACAAUGCCACUGUCCCCACUGCAGCAGAAGGGAUGGCGGAGGUGGUGCAGGGAAGCACGCUGUUGCUGCCUGUGAUGGUGGACAGGAAGGGCGGGAAGAGGGAGGUGAAGGGGGGUGAGGUGGGGGUGAAGGGGGGAAGGGGAGGGGAAGGAAAGCGAGAAGGGAAAAAUGGAGGCGAAGAGAAGGGAGAGGGUGCAAAGGGGAUGAAGAGAAAGUCAGAAGUGGUGGUGGGGAGUGGGGUAGGAACGGGAGAGGAGGAUGGUGUGUGGAUGGCAGAAGGCAGGGCAGAGAUGCCAGAGCUCAAGGCGGGGAAUGUCAGGGUAAUAGAGAAGGUGAAGGGGAUGGAGAAGAUGGGGAAGAAAGCAAGCGUAGCUAAGGUGCUGAGGAAUGAGUGGGCUGACGCGAUUGGGGAGGGAGGGGAGUCCGCGUGGGACUGA